GGAGCCACAGCGCUGCUGACUUGGUUUGGUUCUUCCAGAUUGGUAACACCGCUUCUCGUGCGCUCUCGGUUAUGUGGCGGAGCCGCUCGUCAUUUAACCUGGACGUCGUGUGCGUGUACGCGCUGCGGAGAGGUUUGAUCAAGUGCGUGCGUUGUUAUUCGGCAGGGCAGCAGCGGGUUCAGACGGAGCCGAAGCUGCGGGUUUGACUCUUCUUCUUUUCGGCUCCUCGGUGAUCCACACUGAUCAGGAGCAGAGAGCCCGAGCGCGCGGGGACUGUUUCUCUGCUCUCUUCAUCUCUGUGUUGUGGAACAUUUAUUCUCCGAUUUCUCUGCCUCCUCUUCUGGGAAAUUCAGUUGCGAGUUGGAGAAACUGUUCGCUGCGCGGAGCAGAGUUGAGCCGGAGGGAGACUGUUCGUGGUGCAGGCAGAAUAAUUGUGGAUUUUCACUGUCUGUUCACUAGUUUCAGAAGAACUGUCUCUAUUAAAGCGGGUGAAGAGUGAACGAUCUGAGUGUGAAAACGCGGGUUGAGCAAGAAAACGCUGUUUUAAAAGAAGAGAAUUUAGUUGUUGUUUUUUUUUUAAUUAUAAACAGUGAGGAAGGAGAUACAUCUGUGCCGGGACUAAGUGGACUCUCAUCCCCUCACAUCACAGCAUUUCACCACCACCAUCCAUUAGAACCUUUAAAACCCGAAGCGGGAGGGACUGUAAUCGAUUUGGCUUCAUCGGAGUUCCAGAGCAAAUAUGCCGCAGGUGGAAAUGAUCCUCUUCCUCAUCCUCAUCAUUGGGAUGUGUGUGUACGGCCAGGACCCGGCUUCCAAGGUGGUGUCCGACCGCUACGCCGUCUACUGGAACCGGACCAACCCCAAGUUUUAUCGGGGUGACUACCACAUCGACGUCUGCAUCAACGACUAUCUUGAUGUCUACUGUCCACACUACACAGGCCCGGUGUCCGACGAGCGGGCCGAGCGCUACAUCCUCUACAUGGUGAACUACGAUGGCUACAGCUCCUGCGACCACACUGCCAAGGGCUUCAAACGCUGGGAGUGCAACAGGCCUCUGUCGCCGAACGGACCGCUCAAGUUCUCUGAGAAGUUCCAGCUCUUCACUCCCUUCUCCUUAGGCUUCGAGUUUCGCCCCGGCAGAGAGUAUUAUUAUAUCUCCUCCAUCACUGACGACAAGGGAAGACGGAGCUGCCUUCGACUCAAAGUCUUCGUCAGGCCACAAAACAAUUGUGUGAAAAACACCGGGAGCGUGCAGGAAGGGGUCGAUUUUGAGGACAACAAUCACAACUCCCUAGAACCCAGAGACGGCAUCAGUCACGAGUCUCCAGAACCGUCUCGAAGGGAUGUGAAUUCUGUCGGCCGGUGCCAGACUUCAGUCGUCCUGCUCAGCUCCGCCCUCAUACUCCUGGCUGCCAUCUUGUCUUUAUAGCGCCUAGUGUGAGGAAUCCCUUGCAGGAAUGGACUGUCCUGAUUGGACCACAGGCCUGCCCUACCCUACAACCCCUCCCCUGAAGGAGCACUUUUUAAAAAAAACAAAAAAAAAGAAAACACUGACAAUCUCUCUCAGC